AUGUCAGAUUUACAUAAAUCAUUUUUAAAAAGAAUAAAACAACAAGAAAAUCGACUAGGUAUAAGUAUAAACGAAGAAAAGAAUGGUGAUGAUGAUGAUAAUGAUAUAAUUGAAAAUUAUAAAGAAUUUAAAUCAACUUUUAAAGCUAAAAUUUAUGAGAAAGAUGGGUGCCAAUUUCAAACUUAUUAUAAACCUCCAAAAGAUAAUAACCACGUAUUAUUUUGUCAUCAUGGAGCUGGUUCUUCGUCAAUGACAUUUGGUGAAUUAACAAAAUUUAUUAAUGAUGACUCAAUUGGUUUCUUUUUAUUUGAUAUGAGAGGCCAUGGUAAUUCAACAAUUCAAGAAAAUUAUUCAUUAGAUGUCUUAGUUGAUGAUGUACAUUAUCUACUAUCUAAUUUCAUUAAAGAAUAUAAUCCUGACUCUAUAUUCUUCUUGGGUCAUUCUUUAGGUGGUGCUGUAUUUGCUAAAUAUACUAAAAUUCAUAAAAUUUCAUUAAUCAAGGGUUUAAUCUUAUUAGACAUAGUUGAAGAAACAGCAGUACUGGCAUUAAGUUCGAUGCCACAGUUCAUAGCAAAUAGACCAACUACCUUCUCAUCAAUUUCAAAAGCUAUUGAUUGGCAUAUGAAUUUUUUAUUAUUUAAUAUAAAUUCUGCUAGGAUAAGUAUACCCGAUUUAUUUCAUAAAAAUCUAACUUGGAAAACAGAUUUAAGUCAAACUGAAAAUUAUUGGAAUACUUGGUUUACUGGUCUAUCGGACAAUUUUUUGAAUUUUCAAGGUAGUAAGUUGUUAAUUUUAUCAGCACAUGAGACAUUAGAUAAAAGAUUAAUGAUCGGUCAAAUGCAAGGUAAAUAUCAAUUAGUGAUUUUUGGAAAUAAUGAAAAAUCAGGUCAUUUCAUUCAUGAAGAUCUAGCUAAACAAGUAUCAAUUUGUAUUUCUGAUUUUAUUAAAAAAUCAAUGUAUCCUGAAAAAUUCAUGAGAGAUGAUUUAGGAAUAACACCAAAAUGGGGAGGAAAUAUAAAUAAAUAA